AUGGCCGACGAUCUUCGACGUAUGUCCAAACAGGAACGGAUUUUGUGGAGUCUGCUAGAGAGCUUUGAAGAUUUCCUUCACGACUACGACGAUGUUCGGGAUCAUGGCUCACUUCAACCACGGCUGACUAAGUUGGACGAAGCCUACGAGAAGUUUUGUGAUCUGCGAGUUCGUAUAGAGAUGAUCCUUGAAGACCUUGAAGAGGAAUCUGAAGACGGCGACGAUAAGAAGGAAGUUCGAAAACGAGAAAGCAAAAAGGUGUAUAAGGGAUUUGUGACACGGUACUUUUCUUUGAAACAACAGCUGCUGUCGAAGAUGGAGUCGAUUCCCGCACAACCAACUCAAUCCUCUGUUUCCGACGUGGUUUUGCCGUGUCACACAAAGUAUCCAGAACUUCAGCUGCCAACCUUUUCCGGGAAGCUGUUGGAUUGGAUUAAUUUUCGAGACAACUUCAAGUCGCUGAUUCACGAUAAUGUCCAGUUGAACGAUAUGGAUAAGUUUAACUACCUCCGGACGUCACUGAGAGAUGACGCACUUCUCCAUAUCAAUCAAAUCCAAGUUUCAGCGAUGAACUACGGCCUAGCAUGGAGCACACUUGAAUCGAAAUAUGAGAAUCAUAAACUGAUAGCUCAGGAGCAUUUGAAAGCACUCUUCGCCACAUCUGCCAUGCGGACAGAAAGUUACGAAGCAUUAAAUGUAUUGUUGUCGACGUUUAAAAUCAACCUUCAACAAUUAGAAAAACUCGGCCAGAAGACUAGCAACUGGAGCACAUUGCUAGCGUUUAUGCUCUCACAAAAAUUGGAUGCCGAAACAUACCGUCUGUGGGAAACUCACCAUGCUUCUAAAACCGUCCCCUACCUAUGA